GACUAGUUUUUACAGGGAUAGAGACUGAGAGGUGAGGCUAUACUAGCCAUUCCCCUCAGUUUUUCUCUCUCGUCCCUCAUUUUCUCUCUCUAUCAUGGUUGGGGAUCAUUGUAACCUCUCUGGAGACAGACCUGUACUCUCCCAGAAUCCCAAAACUGGAUUAAGCUGCAAAAUGGUUCUGCAGGCGGUGGGUAAAGUGUUAAGGAAAUCCAAGGGAAAACCAAAUGGUAAAAAGCCAGCACCAGAAGAGAAGAAACUCUAUCUAGAGCCAGAAUACACAAAGUUGAGAAUUACUGACUUUGAAUUCAAGGAGCUAGUGAUGUUGCCACGAGAAAUAGACCUCAACGAGUGGCUAGCCAGCAAUACAACGACCUUCUUCCACCAUAUCAAUUUACAGUAUAGUACAAUCUCAGAAUUUUGUACAGGAGAGUCGUGUCAGACCAUGGCAGUGUGCAAUACACAGUACUACUGGUAUGAUGAGCGGGGAAAGAAGAUAAAGUGCACAGCUCCCCAGUAUGUCGACUUUGUCAUGAGUUCAGUGCAGAAGCUAGUGACAGAUGAGGACGUCUUUCCUACCAAAUACGGCAAAGAAUUCCCCAACUCCUUUGAGUCCUUAGUGAAGAAGAUUUGCAAGUACCUUUUCCAUGUGCUGGCCCACAUCUACUCCUCACACUUUAAGGAGACUUUGGCACUGGAGCUGCAUGGACACUUGAAUACACUCUACAUACACUUCAUCCUAUUCAUCAGGGAGUUCAACCUGGUGGACCCUAAAGAAACCACCAUCAUGGAUGACCUCACAGAGAUCCUCUGUAGCAGCAGCGGCAGUGGGAGCAGUAGUAAUGGGAGUGGCAACAGCAGCGCAGGAGCACAGAACCAUGUGAAGGAGAGAUGAGCCUUCCUAUGGAGCAAAACUAACAUUAACAAAAAAAAACAAUAUUCUAUAUUCUGAGUGUGUGUAUGUAUAUGUGCAUAUGUAUAUAUGUAUACAGACACACACAGCUGAAAGUUUAAGAAAUUAUGCUGCCACCGCAGGACGUGUAUGGGACUGUACGGAGCUUUUGUUAAUGCACCAUCUGGUGGGAAGUUGCACCAAUCCUAUUUUAUUGUUUUCCUCCUGCUCCUUCUUUCUUUUCCCCGUCAGAUGGCUGACAAGUGCUGUUUUUAGAGAAGAACCAUGUUUUCGAGUUGGGCUGCUGGUUUUUUUGUUUUGUUUUGUUUUUUGGGGUUGUGUUGAGUGCAAGCCCUUCUGUCUUUCUAGGAUGGUGGUACUGCCAUUUUAAAAUAUAUAUAUUAUGUUAUAAAAAGUGACUUUUACUUUGAAGUGGCUUAAAUGCAGAUUGUUUUGGGGUUUGAUUAUUUUUUGGUUGGUUUUUACAUAGACUCCCCUCCCAAUUUCACAUAGAGUCCCCAGUCAAUUGCAUCUUGCCCUUCGCUGGCUUGGAACAGGAAGAUGAGAGGCCUGGCUUGAGUGCAGUAUCAGUAGAGGCUUGCUGCAAAUGUAGAGGAUGUGGUUCUUCAUCUGUCUAUGAACCUUCCAGGGGAUCCACAAGCCUUUCUGCUUGUUGCUCCGACAAAACAUACGUACUCGUUUCUCUGCCCUUUCCCUCCCAGCACCCAUCUGAGAAUAAUCGCAGUGAGCUUCCCGAGGGUCUGAAAUCUGCGUGUAAAAGCCGCCACCAUUUAUUUCCUUUCCGUGGAAAACGGGGCCGGGGGUGAAGGGUGCACAGAGUCAGUCACUGGCUGUGAUAGAGAGAUGGCUGUUGGCAUAAAAUUAUAUUGUUGGCUUAUUUUUAGUUCAUCUGUUCAAUAAUAAUAAAAUAAUUUCUAUCCAG